CUGAUUUACCUUUUCAACACAUAGAAGGAUUGGGGUUCCGACGAUUGUUGAAUCAUGUUGUUCCAAAUUAUGUUCUAAAAGGCAGGAAAUAUUUUACGGAACUUGUUUGCAGCGAACUUUACGAUAAAGUGUCAUCGAAAAUAAAGAUCAUGUUGAAGGAUUUUGAGAAAGUUUCCUUUACAUCAGAUAUCUGGUCAGAUUCUUCGUCAGGAGUUUCAUUAUUAUCCUUAACAUGUCAUGGUAUUACAAAAGAUUUUAUAAGAAAAAAUAUCGUUUUGAAAGCGGAGAUUCUUGACGAACGCCACACGGGAGAUUACAUUUCGGCAAUAUUUCAAUGUAUGCUCGAAGAGUGGGGAAUCCCAAAACAGAAUGUGCACUGCAUAGUAAGAGAUGGGGGAUCCAACAUGAAGCGUGCCUGCACUUUAUCUGACAUAAAUAAUAUUGACUGUACAGCACAUCAGCUGCAUCUGGUGGUCAAAGAAGCUAUUAAAAAUGUUGAUGCAAUAUCCAUGUUACUUACAAAAUGCAGAAAAAUUGCAGGACAUUUCAACCAUUCUACAAUGGCAAAGCAAGAAUUAGAAAAAAUACAAGUUCGACUCAAUCAAAGAGUUUUAAAAGUUUUGCAAGACUCGCCGACACGCUGGAAUUCCAGCUAUUAUAUGUUGGAAAGACUUGAUUGCAUUAAGGAUUCGUUGUCGCUUUAUUCUACUAAUAAUAAAAUAGAACAGUUUGAUGCCGAAGAGUGGAUUUUAAUUCAAGAAUUAGUGAGAGUACUGAAGCCUCUGGAGGAUACCACAAAAAAAUUGAGCGCACAAAACAUAUGUAUAUCCGACGUUAUUCCUCUAGUACGAGCAUUAAAUAAAUUGUAUGACGAGAUUCAAAUUUCUGCUAAUAGUGGGGAAACUCUCAACAUCAGCACACCUGCCGUUCUUGAUUUUUUGUCUUCUUUGAAGAAUGAAUUAGAUUAUCGUUUUUCUGAAAUCGACAAAAAUAUAUUGUUCCAAAUAGCAACAUUUUUAGAUCCACGUUACAAAGGUAAAUUUUUCAGUGAUUUUCUUAUCAAAGAUAUAAAACAGAAACUACUUACAGCUUUAGAAACAGAAGUAAAUAUCACAACAACUACAACUAGCACAGAAAAAUCAAAUGCUGUAAGAAAAGAAUAUUGCAACAAUUUAGAAGACUCUAUGGCUAAUAUGUUAGAUAGUGACGAUGAAGAUGAGGAAUCUGAAAACCAAAUAUCAUACACUAAUGCUAAUUUGCUCACAGAAUAUGCCAAAGAAAAAAGAUUAUCAAGAGACCAAGAUCCAUUAAAGUAUUGGGAGAUUAAUAGUAAAAAAUUUGGAGGUCUUAGUCACAUGGCUCGCACAUAUUUAUCAUCACCUGCAACAAGCGUUCCAAGUGAGCAGUUUUUCAGUGCAGCAGGAAUUAUUUACGAUCCUCAUCGUAAUAGACUUUUGGGGGAUAAAGCUGCCAAGUUACUCUUUUUGAAGUACAAUUUACCAUUAAUUAAUUUUGAUUAUGACAUUUAAUUUUUUUGAAGUUUCUAAAAUUGUGAUUAUUUUAUCUGAUAAUUUGAUAAUUAAAAUUCUUUGAUAAUUAUUAUAAUAUAAUAUAACCGUGAUGAUUAUUUCAAUUAGCAUUAGAGGUUUGAUCUCACUAUAAAGAUAGUUAAAUUAAUACCUUAUACUGGUAACUUAUAAUUAAUGUUUAAAUAUUUAAUUUUUGCAAUAUAAAAGUGCCAAAUAUGUGAUUUUAAUAAAUAAAAAGUGAUUUGAAUUGAAGUUGUUAGUAUUUUAUU